AUGAUGGAUUAUAUCGAACAUGAAACGAAAAUGUACGACGCUCUCAAUGUCCCAGGAUGCCCGACAGACGAACGCGGGGUCCUGGACCCGGCUAUCGACCAAGGUAGACUUGAAAUGCUAUACGGGCAGCUGGCGGGUAUCCUGCUUCAGCUUUCGACCCCCUCUUUGCCUCGGAUAGGAUCUCUUAUCCAGAUCGAUGACUUCACCUGGGAAGUAACACGCCGGCCGUUGUCCAUGAACAUGAAUGAACUUGUCCGAUUGGGAAGCUUGCCGCGAUCGAAACUGCCUGAUCUACAUACUACAUUCACUACGACUUCUUCGUAUCUCGAAGCUUUCGCGGACCUCAAUAUUGAGCAUCUCGUCCACCAAAGAAACGAUUCUGUUGAGUCCGCAGAUGACUGUCGGCGAAAAUUUGUGGCAAGGCGGCUUUUCCGCAAGCUUGCCAGGGACAAGCGACUCACCAAUCCCUUGCUCGAGGAAGGGCCCUUCAAACUAUGGUGUGAUGAUCUGCGCCCAGCUAAUGUGCUGCUGCAUGAUAAUUUGAAAAUUGCCAGCGUGGUAGACUGGGAAUUCACAUACGCAGCACCCGCUGAAUUUUCCUAUGCGCCGCCUUGGUGGUUGCUCAUUGAGAAGCCUGAGUACUGGUCAGCAGGCCUUGAGGACUGGACCAGAACGUUUGAUUAUCGCCUAAAGACAUUCCUUAAGGUCAUGAAGGAUCAUGAAGAGAGUGCGAUCCAACAAGGUCGGCUGAAGGAUGACCAACGGCUCUCGGACCGUAUGUAUCAGAGCUGGGAGAGUGGGGAUUUCUGGAUUGUUUAUGCAGUAUUGCAUAGUUUUGCCUUUGAUGUAAUCUACUGGCAGAAGAUCGACCCACGCUUUUUCGGGCCUACUGAGAACCCCGAGGGGGCAUGGAAAGAGAGACUCGACCUGCUGGAUGAUCAGGAAAGGGACGAGAUGGAACAAUUGGUGGUUCGAAAGCUGAAAGAGAUGACAACAAGGGAUCUUGCGUGGGACCCAGAUGAAUAUACAUUGGCUUUCCACCGGCAAUUGAAGGAACGGAAAGAAAAGCCACGUGAAGGAAAGACGACUGGAGCGGAUGGAGUCCACGAUAUUGACAACAGAUCAGAAGGCUGUACUGGAGGACCUGACUAA